AGCGCUCAUCGAAAACGCGUUGCGUACUACUGUGUUACUUACAAACGCGUCCCACAUCCCCAUCAUUUGCAUCUCCCCGAAGUUUUCCAAGUUUGACUGCCAGCACAAGUUUCGCGAUCUACAGCUUCAAGAUGGCGCCCUUGACCACGGCUUCUGAUGAGAAAACACACCAAGCACUCCUUGACAAGCUCGAUGUCUACGCGGUUCACAAGCCCUUUCGAAACCCAAACUGGAAGACGGCACAACGGCGCAACAAGAACCUCAAGCAGAUCAUCGGCGAGGCCUCGCGCAAGGAAGCCUCAGUAAUGGCUACGCAAAACAACAGCGGCAUCUCCACACCCUCUGUUCCUCACACCGAGGGCGCCGGAACACCUAUUGGCAACGGCGGCCCACCCAAUAUCGCACAAGCAGCCCAGAGCCUGAGCACGCUGGUCCUUGAGAAGAACGGCAGAGCUGCUGCGGGAGGGAACGCGACGGGACCUGCGCCUACAUACAUGAACAUCGAGUCCGCACCGAGUUUCCACCCAAGCAGCCAGAAGAAGUACUGUGACAUUACGGGUCUUCCUGCGCCCUACACAGAUCCUAAGACGAGACUGCGAUACCACAACAAGGAGAUCUUUGGCACCAUCAGGACAAUGCCGCAGAAUGUCUCCGAGGGCUACUUGGCGGCAAGAGGAGCGCACACCAUUUUGAAAUGAGUUACGUCUUCGGUCCGCGCGCCUUUGGUGUGUAGCUCGUAGAACGUGCAUCAAAGGGUGUUGCGACGGUACAACGCCGUUAGGGUGUAUCGCGGUCGUCGAUGAACAUGCCAAGAAUCAACAACGAAACACAAAAAGCAGCAUCUGACAAUAUUAGACGAGCUGGCUGGCCAUCUGAUCUGUCAUUUCACAGCAAACACUAGUUGGGACGCAAUCAUGUAUGACCAUCAAAGUCAAGCACCUUCCACCCACCAAGCCCCUUUCGAAGCAAGGCUCAAGAAGGCGCUCCGGCUUAAUCGUGAUCCUGUAUUGUUCUGCGCCCGUGAGACGGUAUACCAGGGCCUCGAGGGAGGUAUUCCUAGUUACAGCUGCAUUGUAGCAAGCUGUUGUCGGGGCGGUCAUGUAGUUACUUGUUGCUGCGACAGCAGCCAUGUCUAGACGAAGAGAAUGAAUAACAACACAUGAAUUGCU